UUUACAUAAUUUUCUUUUCUAACAUGUCGAAUAAUUGGCAGAAUAACGAAGAAAUAAAAAUUCUUCAGGAGUAUUUGCGAAUUCCAAGCGUUCAUCCAAACAUUGACUAUGAACCUUGUGUGGAAUUUCUUAAGCGUCAAGCGGAAUCAUUGAAUCUGGUGUUUAAUGUGUAUCGUUUGUUCAAUGAAACAUCACCCAUCGUUGUCAUUAGUUGGAUAGGUCGAAAUCCAAAUUUGCCUUCGAUUAUGUUGAAUUCGCAUAUGGACGUAGUUCCUGUAUUCGAAGAGUAUUGGACCCAUCCACCAUUUGGUGCUGAUAUCGAUGAAAAUGGUCACAUUUUCGCACGUGGUGCCCAAGACAUGAAAUCAAUGGGCGUACUUUAUUUGGCUACGAUUAGGGCUUUGAAACGAUCUGGCCAAACUCUGGAACGAACACUACAUUUGACGUACGUUCCAGAUGAGGAAACGGACGCAUGGUUUGGCAUGAAACAAUUUGUACAUCACGACGUGUUUAAAUCAUUAAAUAUUGGAUUUGCUAUUGAUGAAGGAUGUACCACAGAAAAUGAUACUUAUCGCAUUUACUACGGAGAACGGAGCAAUUGGAAAAUCGUCUUCAAGUGUUCGGGACACACGGGUCACGGAUCGAUUUUAUUCAAAGACACACCUGGUGAGAAAUUGUCAUUUAUUACGCAAAAAAUGUACGAAUUUCGAAAGACUCAAGUCGACAAAUUGGAAAGUGAUCCAACGCUCGAAGAAGGCGAUGUAUCGUGUGUGAACUUAACAAUUUUGGACGGUGGUAAAUUAUUCAACGUCAUACCGACAUCGUUCUCGGCAACGUUUGAUAUACGAUUGGUGCCAGACAUGGAUUUAAAGGCAUUCGAAAAACAGUUGGUCGAUUGGUGUAACGAGGCUGGCGGAGGUAUUGAAAUUGAAUUUCUAUACAGAGAUGAUAAUUCUGCAAGCACUGUGACUCAUUUGAAUGAAACUAACAAAUAUUGGAUGGCAAUGAAAGAAGCAUUAACCGACGAUCUGAAUGUCAAAUUCAAAACCACUGUUAUGCCGGGAAACACUGACAUUUGGUUCGUGCGAAAUGUUCAAAUACCGGCGAUUGGAUUUACGCCAUUUAUUAAUACACCAAACCGAGACCACGAAAACGAUGAAUUUUUACCGGUUGAACAAUAUUUGAAUGGGAUUCACGUAUUUACAAAAAUUUUGCAGCGCAUGGCAAACAUACCAUGAUAGUGAUCAAAAAAAUGCAUGUAAAAAAACGGCGAACAAAUGAAGGAAAAAAGAUUUCAAUUCAGUUUAUUAUAAGCAAAUAUUAAACAAUUUUCAAAACAUCAAUUCAAUCCAAUCUGUA